UUGGCCCUGUCCGGAGUGCAAGCGACCGCUCUUGUAAACAAACUCGGUCGAAACUUCGGCUCUGGCCUCCGUAAGAUGAGCAGCAUUUGUUUGAAUGAAGUAUUUGCGUGUUUUCUCCUGUCUGUGUUAUACGUAGGAAGCUUAUAUAUUUGGAAUGCUACUCAGGGAAGAGACCAUCCAACCACAAUCAAAAAGCGCUGCAUCAGUGUCUUUUUUAUGACCAUUGUGUCCCCUUUUUUCAUAAUAUGGUUUGGAAACAAAAAUAUAGAAGAAAAGGCAAGUCUGUGGUCACAGAUGGGUUUACGGUGGGAAGGUCUCAUACCUGCCUUAAUUCUUCCAAUGAUUCUUACCUUUGUACUGUUCUUGGGCCCCAUAGUUCAGGCCCAUUUUGCUGUGCCAGUCUCUGCUAGCCUCCGAAUGUAUUUUGAGCCAUUGUACUGGUACAAUACUGUACAGAACCCAAUAUGGUGGCGCAAUCAAGUGGUGGCUCCAUUUUCUGAAGAGUUCACCUUCCGUGCCUGCAUGUUGCCAAUACUGCUGCAGUGCGUGUCUCCAGGGAAAGCUGUUUUUAUAGCUCCACUUUUCUUUGGUGUUGCACAUCUUCAUCAUGCAGUUGAUCGCCUGCGUCUGGGAAUUGAUCUUCCAUCUGUCAUUUUACUGUCAUGUUUCCAGUUCCUGUAUACUUCAGUAUUUGGCUUUUAUUCUGCAUUUUUGUUCAUUAGAACUGGCCAUUUCCUGCCCCUAUUUGCGGUCCAUGCCUUCUGCAACCAUAUGGGGCUGCCAGAAAUGAAGGAGAUGCUAAGCAAACCUACCCCUGUAAGAAACAAGUUAAUGGCUUUCCAUGUGCUGGGUCUGGUUGCCUGGUAUUUCCUGCUCUAUCCCCUGACUGAACCUUCACUCUACAGCAACAGUCUCUAUGGCUUAUGAAGUUAAAAGAUGCAGCUUAAGUUAAUAAUAGGAGCACUUUAGGUCUAAUGCUCAACUAGUUAGAAUGUUGUGAGAUUUAGACCAUAAUGAUAGUAGUUGUUGCUGAUUUUUGGGGUUGUCAAACAAGAGCAUAAUUUCUCACUAAUCAAGAAUAGUUUAAUAUCUGUGUUGUGCUACUAAUGUUAGGACUGUAAGACAUAAUGAUCUGAAACACAGAUUGGUUAAAUAGUGCAAUUUUGAGGAUAGGAGGUGAUGGAUGAAGAUACAUCAUCUAUACUCUUAUAUGAAGAGAUCUGAAAAACAACAACUUUUUUCUCUUAACAAGAUAGAUUAUGCACAUUUAAUGAUCAUUUAGAAACAGUUGUUCACACAUUUAGGAUGAAAUAAUUGUUUAUUUAUACCUGCAGGCAUAAACAUGUAUAUUGUUUUGAUGUAAGUGUGCAUGGGUGUUUGUGUAUAUAUGUAUGUUUGUUUGUACUUCUGUCAUAUGUUUUACAUUACAUUUGAUGUCCUUGUUUCACUAUUUGUAAAUUAAGAACAUAAAUUACAGAUUCUGAGCAAGCACUUGGAUGGGUCCUUGGAUCAUGAAAUAUUGUGAUGACAUGCAUGAGUUUUCUCAUUUUCCCGUAUAUUAGUAAUUUAACUUCAUAUGGUGUAUUUUUGAAUGUAGUAUUAUGUAUCAAUAUUAAUGAUUUUUCACUUGUUUUGCAUAAAACGUUUCAGAAAAUGUAUUAACUUUCGCUCUUUCAGUUUGAAUGUGGGCAGUUUAUUAGCAAAAAUAUUAUUAGAUUUAGCCUCUGAAUUUUUACAUCUCUCUAACUUCUUGAACACUUGAUAGUGAGAUGCUUUUUCAUAAAUCACCUUCAAUUUUCCUGUACUCAUGCACACAUACAUGUACAAAUGCAUUUGCUUAUUUUGCACACAAUCACCAUGUACAUGUAAAUAUAUUUUUUGUUCAGUAUAAAUGAGCCUUAUUUAGUAAUAGUGUCAAUUUUAAUGAGCCAACAGAAUGUUUUAUAUAAAGAAAAAUUAGAAACAGUUGAAAAUGUGGAAUGGAUACGUUGUAUUUCAGAAUUAUUAUAUCUAUUGUAAAUUAAUUACUUCCUAUGCAAAGUAAUGAAUUCAACUUUUCAGUUUAUUACACAUAUAAGCUAGAUUUAUUUGCAAAAUUUCAAAUUUUUCAUUUUAGAUUGUUUUGAUUUGUCUCUUUUUAUUUCUUCAUCUGGAAUUAGGAUAAUUUCACAAUCAAAAAAUGUGAAGUGGAUUACAAGAUUAUGUAUGAAUUUAAGAAUUAAGCUUUAUAUAUUACCAAAAAAUGUCACUGUUACUUACAAGGGCUCAUUUCUAAAGUGGUUACUGUGAGCAUAGAGUUAACAAACAUGAUUAUGCUUACAGUGGAGGAAAUUUACAAGAGUAAAUCAUGGAUUCUGUUUUAGCAUAGAAGUUUUAAUCUUGUGAACAAAUGUCUGAGAAUCAUGAUAAUGAUGGAGUCAAUGACUUAGAAUAUCUUACAUCUUAGUAUUGUUAUGGUUGGAAUAUGUUCAAAAGAUGGUUUACAUAUGAGGAUAACUACUGGAAAUUUUUGGAAAUGUUUCAGUAGAACAAAAACUUCAGGAUGACAGUAGUACUUAAGGAUUUGGGGUAAUGGUGUAUAUUUCUUGAGGCAGGGUUGGUUGAACUAUUGCAGUAGGAUGGCUAAAAAAAAGAAAGGACAAAAGUGACAGUUGAAAUUGUUGUUUGAUAAAGAAACAUAAGGUUUAUGUUUUUGCUUCCAAUGUGUUUACUUUUGUGCCAAAGCCACAGCUUUGAUUGAUUUUCUGGGGAUAACUUGAAAAGUAAAAAGCUGUAAUACUGAACAGUAAAAUGAUAGUAAGUAAUACAAUUGUGACCAUUCCUAACCAGUAAACAGAGAGGAAAUAUGAUUACUUUGAAUGAAUUUGAGUAAUUUAACUGUAUAAAUUAUGAAAGAAAGUGGCCCUCUUUAUUGAAAAUUAUUCAUAAUGAAAAUCUCCCAAAUACAUAUUUAUUUUUACUUAAUAUGAUUUUAUACUGAAUAUACCUUUGUACUUCAAAAAAUAUAUAUUACAAUAAAUUUUAAAUAGUGUAAUAGCAUUUAGCUAUAAAACACAUUUCUGCCUCGUAUCUGCAACCUAAUAAUAUUUAGUUGUAGAAUGCAGCUCUGCCUCUUAACUCUUUGACAGUGAAGUGUCACUGCCUUGAAUUUUCCCUCUGUGUUAAGAUGUAAUUCAUAUGAGGUAAAAAUAAGUGGACAGAAUUAUUGAAAAUAUGGCCUUAUUUAUUUUCAGAAGGCAAAUCUGAUUGUAAAAAGUACAAAAUGCUGGCAAAUGGAAUCGUAUUGAUGUUUCGGUAAAUUAAGGAUGAUACUAUAAUCUUGAAGCUCAAGUAAUUAAAAUUCAAAACUGCAUCAGUAUAGGAACAACUAUUUUUAGAAUAAACAUUUUAUUGAUGAAAUUCAGUCUUGUUUGCUCAUCUCUCUGUUGUUGCAGUCUGUAUGCAUUUUAGAUUUUUUGUAGAAAAUAUGGCCAUAUGUUAUUUAGCUUGCUUGUACCACUUCUUUUUUGCAUGCUCAUGAUAUUUCACUUGUACCUAAUUUCUGCUUCAUAUUUUCUUGUAUUUGCAUUACUACCAUAUCUUUUACUUUUUCCAAGAAAACUGAUAUACAAUAGAGGUAUCCUGUAUAAUACCCCAUAGUUCUUUCAAGAUCUCUAGAGCUAGAGUAAAGUAAGAAUAGAUGGUAAAAUUUAUUACUAAAACAGAUGCCAACAUAAUGUGAAGAUGGUGAAAUAAUUUCUAGAAGUGCACUAUUUUCACUUUUGUCAUAUUUGUUAGUUUUUUGUAAUUUUUAGCAUAGUCAUUUUGCAUAUGUCUAUUCUUACUGAAAUAUUUUAACCAUUAUUUAAAUUUUGUAUUUAUUUUACUGCAAAAUCCCUCAGGAGAUUGGUGUAGUCAUCAGUGAGGGAUGACUUUAUUUAUUACAGUCAUGGAAAGUGAGUGUCAAUUUGUUUAUGAAAGAUUAGUAAGAGAAUGUAAUAGAUGCUUUUCCUCGUGUUUCAAGGACUGAACAUGUUCUAAACUGAAGUAGAGAACUGUAGAUAAGUGUGCCUUUUUUUUAUUAACUGUAUGUGUAAUACAGUGAUUUUUAGUGCAUUUAAGCAGCAAGCCUUUGUGGGAAUUCUUGUAGCAGCCAGUUCAUUUAUAAUAUGAGCUGAUCAGCAGUGUGCCAGAAGUUACACAUACUUUCAAAAACUCAUGAAGUAGUUGCUUUGAAAGCACUGUGCCUUCUUUCCCCAGAUGGUGGUCUUACUUCCCAGUAUUAAAAUGAAGUCCUAUAUUAUCAGUCAGCUCUCAUGUCUUUCUUUUUUUGACCAUUCAUUAGAUCCUUUAAUAUUUCCUUAUGUUCUGUGUGUAAAUUAACAUUGAGACCACAGACACAUUUGACAUUUGUCUCCUAUACAGGAGACAUGUGAAGUGUGCCUGUAGUGUCAAUGCUAAUGGAAUGGAAUGGAAUGGCUUGAAAUCAUUAAAUACACUUGGAUUUUAUACAAAGUUUAUAGUUUAUUUGAGGUCUUUUUUUAUAAUGCAAAUGAUGAAUGACUACCUCCCUAUUUAGAUGACUGUUUACAGCUACUUGUAAAUUAUCAACACAAUUAUGAUUGUUGAGUGGAAGAGUCUAGAGAAGAUGCACACAAGUCAGGUAUGUAUCUCUUAUUGUAAAUUUUAUUGUCUGUUAUUCUCAGGAGAAGCAGAUUUUUUAGAUUAAAGUAUCUUAAGGGAUAAGGUUAAAUCACCAAAUUUAUCAAAAUUCUUUAAACCCCAGUUUUACCAAGUCAGUCCCCCACAUACUAGGAUAUAAAGUACAGGAUGUUCAGGAAUUGUUCAGUUUUAAAGGAGCCUGUUACUGUAAUGCUAUUUUGAACAAAGUCUGUCAUUAUAACAAGAUUUGUACAUGGUGCUAACAUCAUUAUGAUGAUCUGUAGCAACCAGAGUCACUUCUGAGUCAUCUAUAGAUGAUAGAAAGAUUGCUAAAAUAAUUUGUAAAGCUGAAAAAGCAAGUAACAAGGUUUUGAGUGGACAGUGCCAUUGUAACAAGGUUUGAUUGAUUUACAACUAGCAAUCAGAUUCCUGUGAAGGCAAACUAAGUCAGUUGAAGUUGAGUUUGGGUUGUAGAGAGAUCUGUAAACUCUUUGCUGGAGCUCGUGGAGCUAAAGCAGAAUAAGUAAUCUACUACGUCAGAAACUGCAAGGUACUAAGCAGAAAUUUCCAUAUAGCAAAACUUUUUUUCUGCAUCUGAAAACUAGAUGCUUGCAUUAUAUAGGUCAUAACAAAGGCAGAGAAAUAGUGAAACCAAUCAUAAUAUUCCUAGAUAUACAGGUAUCUACAAUUUUGGGGGGGCUCCUAUGUUGUGUUCAGCCUCAAGGUUGACAUGUACCUACAAAUAAUUAUUAAUAAAGAAGAGGUGAAUGGGCAAAGAAUCAUGGGAAUGUCAGUAAAUUAUUUGAUAGAUGUUUUCAAAGAAGUAAUGUAUUGUACAAAUUACUUUCAUUUAUUUAAUGGAUUCUAUGUUGAAGCUAUCAAGGGUAAUAUAAAUUUAGUAUGUAGGGACAAAGUCAAUGUAACAUACUGAUAUAUGCAAAUAGAUAUUUAGGAAUUUGUGCAUUAACACUUGCAUACUGUUAACAUGCUGAUGGCAAAAUAUUGUAUAUAUUAAAUUGAAUAUUUAGUAGACAAGUGGAAAAAUCAAAACUAAGCUGAUUUUUUUAUAUACAGCAUUCUAAAAAAUGCAAAAAUGAUGCAUACAUAUGAUUAAUGUGCAAUCAGUAAUUGUGCCAUUAUAAUUUAUAAUAAAUGAUACACACUGUGAUCCAGAAGACACACUGAGGAAUUGAUUUCCAUUGUUGUUCCUUGCAUAUAUGAUCUUGAGAGUAUUAGAAUUCUGAGACAGACAAUAUAGGCAUUAAUUUUGUAAAAGUAAUAAAAGUUAUAGAGGCUUAUACAUAUUCAGAAAUUGAGAAAAUAAAUCCAUCAGAGAAGAGA